AUGAACAGUCUUUCCGAACUGGACUUUAUGUCUGAACUGGAAUCUACAGCUGCUGCUGAUGAUGACAAACAAGAUGAUGAUUUUCAACAGUCUGGUGACAUUUGUGAGCAGCAGCCGUUUGAGCGAACUAUCACCAAGCCAGUCAAACGAGAGAUCGUUUGGUCGAUGGUAGUCAAACUGGCAGUCUUUCACAUCUUCGGCAUCUCUGCCUUCUUCCUCGCCCCCUUCACCGCCAACUACACUAUUCUCUUUGGCGCACUGCUUGUCUUUUCAAACAUUUUUGGCAUUCAAAUUGGAGCCCAUAGGCUGUGGAGCCACAAAAGCUUUCAGGCGACAUUUGGGCUACGCCUCUUCUUAGCCGCCUGUCAGACGAUGGCCAUGCAAAAUAGCAUCUACGAUUGGGUGCGUGAUCAUCGAGUGCACCACAAGUGGUCGGAUACAGACGCCGAUCCUCAUAAUGCUACCAGAGGGUUCUUUUUUAGUCAUAUGGGUUGGCUUAUGGUUCGUAAGCACCCUGAAGUGAUGCUCAAAGGCGCCACCGUUGAUAUGAAAGACUUGAACGCCGACCCAAUAGUGACUUUCCAGCAUCGACACUAUGGUCCGCUCGUACUGCUGCUUAAUGCAAUCAUACCCACUCUGAUUCCAGUCCUGUUGUGGAAGGAACAUGCACUGAUUGCCUUCCUCAACUGUGUACUCUACCGGUACCUUUUCACCUUUCACGUGACACUGAUGACCAACUCUUGGGCGCACAUGUACGGCACCAAGCCGUACAACAGAAAACUGGCGCCGGUGGAGGCCUCAACGAGGCAUCUCAUGUUUGGUGAGGGUUUUCACAACUACCACCACGCUUUUCCUUGGGACUACUCAGCCAGCGAACUUGGACCACUAGACGUUUUCAAUCCGGCGACGGCGCUCAUUGACUGCUUUGCCCACCUCGGAUGGGCGUCCAAUUUGAAGAAGCCAACAGCUGCUUUGGUGAAGAGAACGAUUCAGUCUAAUGGUGACUUCAGCUUAGGCUACAGCAAAGGCCACGGUGCCUGGGACUGGUUUUGGGGACUGGCCUCAACGACGUUGCCUUUCACCAGUCAGUUUGCCUACAAGUACGCCUUUCUUUAUCUGUUCACCCGUUACAAUCAGAAAUGUACUUUCUAA